AUGUCAUCCCCACCCAGCAGCUGGCAGGAUCGCCGCUUCAUGUUUCCAGCAGGCAAAGAAGUCCACCAGGGCAGUCGCCGCUACUCCCAGUCCAGCGGCAAGGACGAUGCAGGGAAUACUUCCGCCGCCGCCGCUUUUCCUCCUCCUCUACUACCUGACACCGACGCCACCAAUGCCGCCUCGACCACGGCCGAGUCCGGCAAAGUGCUGCCACGGUGGGACGGCGACCGACGCUUCAUGUUUCCCGCAGGCAAGGAGAUCCAUCAGCCUGCACGCCGUCUGUCCUCUUCCUCGAGCGCGUCGUCUUCUGGUGACAAGAAGGUCGAUGCUCCGACCAAGACCUCUGCUUCUCCGCCGAAGUCGUCCGGGGGAGGAGUUGCGGCCGCCAUUGCGGGAAGAAGAAGGUCUUCUGCCUCCUCUCAGGGUGGCAUGUUCGGCGGCCUCCUGUCCAACCGGAGCAGCGACACACAUGCCGAGCGACGACAGGGAUGGGAAGAAAUGAAGAAAUCUGAAGGGCUGGGAGGGUUCCUCAGUGGCUUGGUGAACAAGCCGGCUGACAAGAAAUAG